AUGCCAUUGCCGCCUGCCCAGCUCAAAGAGACUAAGUCCCUCAGUCAAGAGAUCCUGCAUUCGAAGCCUACACACGUCGUCCAGUCCUGCGCCAAUUUCUUCGAACGGCGCCCAGUAAGCGAACGCACUCAAUUCCUUUUGUCGGCUGCUCCCAAGGAUAGCAAAAUGUCCGGGAGUACAUUCCCAGGCCGUCUCGGCGUAGAUGUCAACCCAUUUGGCGGUGAUGGAUUUGCUGCAAAAGGACAAGGGACCCCUGGAUCUUUUGGCAAAGUUGAAGAGGAAGAUGAGAACGAUGGUCUUACAUCACCGACUGCCUCCAGUUUUGUCUUUGAAAAGUCUCCUACUACAACCCUUGGGUCUCUGUUUGGAGGUGAUGCUGCUGGAGAGGUGGGCCCGCCAUCUUCAUACAAGAACACGGGCUCAGAGGGAUUCCCUUCCAACUACGGCUGGGGAAGACGAACAUCGGUCUCCGCCGAGUCGCUCAACCCUACGGCUUCUUCCAAUGAGAAUUGGACGCCUCCUUUCCAUCCCAAGACCGACGACCAGAUACUACGGUUAAAGAAGUCAAUCUCGGGAAACUUCCUGUUCAGCCAUCUUGAUGACGAACAAAGUGCUCAAGUACUCGGUGCUUUGGUAGAGAAGCCGAUUCCUGCCAAAGACAUCAAGGUCAUUGUACAAGGCGACCAGGGCGACUUUUUCUACGUAGUAGAAAAGGGUUCUUUUGAAGUGUACGUCAAUCCUACGGGUGCCUUGCAAUCUGGCCCGGAUGGUCUUGGCAAGAAGGUCGCCACAAUCGAGUCGGGUGGCUCAUUUGGAGAGUUGGCCCUCAUGUAUAACGCCCCGAGAGCGGCCACUGUGAUCUCUGUGGAAGCUGGCUGCAAUUUGUGGGCUCUCGACCGCGUUACGUUCCGCCGAAUUCUAAUGGACUCAACUUUCGAGCGUCGCCGCCUGUAUGAGAGCUUCCUAGAGGAGGUGCCCAUUCUCUCGACUUUGACCAAGUAUGAGCGAUCCAAGAUUGCAGAUGCUCUCGAGGCGCAGAAAUUCCCCGCGGGCACCACGAUCAUCAAAGAAGGUGAUGCUGGAGAAGCCUUCUACCUAUUGGAGAGUGGUGAGGCCGAAGCUUACAAGAUGGAUGUCCAGAACCCAGUCAAGUCGUAUAAAAAAGGCGACUUCUUCGGCGAGUUGGCUCUUCUUAACGACGCUCCCAGAGCGGCCAGCGUUGUGAGCAAAACAGAGGUCAAGGUUGCUACUCUUGGAAAGGAUGGCUUCCAAAGACUUUUGGGCCCUGUCGAGAGCAUCAUGAGAAGGACCACGUAUGAUCACGGAGUUGAAAAUGUGGAUCCUCUGCAAAAUUCUUAA